GUUUAACGCUUUACUUCUCACCGGGACUGUCGGAAAAGCGAGUGCGCCGACGACAAGAUGGCGUUCGCCGCGGCGAGGAUGAUCCUCAAGGACAAGCGCAGGAAACCUAGCAAAGAGGACUUCGCACCGCGAAACAGAAGCAAGGCUCGCAGCGCCAGCACAAGUAGCUUUAGAAGCCUGAGCCAGGCACGCAACAAACCGGCGGAUGGCGUGGGUCAUGUAAACCAAAAAGGUGCUUCCGGUCAGAAAGCGCCAGCGGCCGGUCAGAAGGUCGCGCCGGGUGCUAAGGGCGCGGCGAAAGGGUCGGCCCAGAAGCCGACUGCCCAGAAAGGCCAGGUGAAAGUGACGCCCAAGGCGGCUUCCGUGAAGACCGGCAAAAACAAGAAGAAGGGACAACGACAACAAUAUGAUCUCAUCGUUACUAUUAACCUGUCCGAAUAUGGACUCACAGAAGAUCAGGUAGCAGAAUUCAAAGAGGCAUUCAUGCUGUUCGACAAGGACGAAGAUGGCACGAUUACGAUGGCGGAAUUAGGGGUCGUCAUGCGGUCUCUCGGUCAAAGACCGUCGGAGACGGAAUUGCGCGAUAUGGUGAAUGAGGUGGAUCAAGAUGGAAAUGGUACCAUCGAGUUUAACGAAUUCCUGCAAAUGAUGUCGAAGAAGAUGAAGAGCGCCGACGGGGAGGACGAACUUCGCGAGGCGUUCCGAGUGUUCGAUAAGAACAACGACGGCUUAAUAUCCUCGAAGGAGCUGCGACAUGUAAUGACGAAUCUCGGCGAGAAGUUGUCCGAAGAGGAGGUUGACGAUAUGAUCAAGGAGGCGGAUCUGGAUGGCGAUGGAAUGGUCAACUACGAAGAAUUUGUGUCGAUCCUAAUGUCGAAAAAUUAGUUCGGGGAUCAAAGGAAGGUAAAAAAAUCAGAGAUACCUGAAAAGUAACGAAGGAUCCGCGACGAAGAGAAAAUAAAUGGAUCCGUCACCCAAGUUCCUCGAUUUCGUAGGAUCGUAAAGAGAACUCGUUUCAUGCCCCAUGAGACUAUCGCAUCCGAGGCCGUCGAGGGAAAAAAUCAAAAAAGCUCGACGACCGAUUGACCGGCGGCAUGUCACAACGCUGUGAGAUCGCGAAAGCGAAUCGCGCAAAACCACAUACCAAUUUUAACCCUAUUUAUAGCUAAGGCUUCGCGAGCGACGCGUGUCGAAGGUUUCGCGCGUAAGUAGCGCAGGUAGAGAAUUGGGCAGGCAUUUCGGAAGUCUUUGCGGCUUCGAGAGCGGGACGCGCGUGUCCCGUCGCGAACAGUAGAGCCUUCGCGGCUCCAUGGCCCGGGAAAAAAACCGAGAGGAGAGACUUUCUUCCGCGAAAAAUUUUGCACAUACGUACACGCAUUACACAGAUAUACACCUCGCGCUCCUUCGGACUAAUUUUAGACGAGUACUUGAAGUCUUUAGGGUAAUAAUACGGUAAACGGUAAAAUAAAAAGAGAGUAUGUCCAAACGACGGGGGGGAGGGGGAAGGGAGGCGCGAUCCACCGCCACCCGGAACAAUCAACCGAGCUUCGUUUAGACUUUUACGUACCUCUAAAUCUUUAUCUCCCCGGUAACUUUACGGAGCGGAGAAUUUAGGAGUUAUACCUAUAGCUUUCCACGCCUCCCCUUUGAGCGCCCCCACGAGAGAAAGUCCAGAAGUAUAUACUAUAGUAUACACGAUAUGUUUACGUAAUAUACAUAUAUAUAUACAUAUACAAUAUAUAUACAUAUAUACAUAUGUUAUUAUAUUAUUAUUAUUAUUAUUAUUAUACGAUAUUCCUUUUGCGUCGCUCGUUUCCUUGAAAUGCGACGCGCACGAAAGGUGCCGUAACUUCGAGUGUUUUUACCGCUUGUACUACACGCAAGAGACCCGCGCAAAUGCCCAACGUAGUGAUACACACACACAUAAACAAAUAAACAACAAACACACGACACACACAUACACACACAUACACACGUGCGCGCGCGCGUACACAUCCGUCUCCCGUCCUUUGCCGUGGCUCCCUCUCCUCGCCAUCACUUCCUCGAUUGUUAGUAACUUUAGAACGCUGAUGACACGCUGAAGAGUGAUUGGCACACUGGCGCUUUCGCACGUAGCGUGAAUACCGGCCGAUAAUCGUGGUGGUGCCGCGUUUCUGUAAUCGAUCACCCGUCGAUGGAUAAGUGUGCCCCGGUUGAAAAGGUGUUUUCGAAAGCCGAGAUGCAGUCUAAACUCUAAACGCUCAAAUUAUCGCGAUUCCUGCAUGUGGGAACAAUUUAAGCGAAGCGAUUGCUAUCUAAGAGCACGAGAUUUCGAAAGAUGUUCGCAUGGUGUUCACUUCUUGGUUGUCAAAGGAAUAAAUCUCACGACCUAAACGGGAUUGUUUAUCCGCGGGCUCUCGCUCGGUGAAAUCGGAAUUAGACGGAACUGUGACUCAAAUCGACAAUCCCUCCGUUACAUACCCAAUGACUAUAGUUGCCAUUGUGAUAAUUAACACCCUCGUGCCUAUGGCCAUUAGGUAUGCGGGCAGUGGCUUUUAGUAUAAGGAUAUGAAAAGAGAGAAAAAAAUGGACCCUUGCACACGGGAACAAUUCAAUUCAGCAAAUACAGAUUAUAACUGCGAUGUUGCAGCAACAUUGUAACAUUCCAGCUAUAUCCAGAAAUAUUACGAUGUUGCUGUAAUAUGUAUUGUAGUUACAAUCUGCGUUUGCAACCAGGGUGAUUAAUCGAAGCGCGAGCACUCCUUCAUUUGUGAAUGUAGGAGGAUUGUAAGUAUUGUAACAUCGCGAUCUCUUGAGAGAGAAAGAGAGAGAGAGAGAGAGAGAGAGAGAGAGAGAGUGAGUUGAAAAGAAAAAUGUGGCACGACGUGUGUUUCCGCUGUCGCACAAUCAGUAUCGCUCGCCGCAUCGUCGGCAUCCGAAUUCAGGAUUAGCUGCAUGUAAGCUACGUGCGCGUUACGCGGUAUGUAUGUAUCUUUAGACGUGUUACAUAAGAGGGGAAAAAAAGCCCUGCGCGUUAGCACGCGUGACAUAGACCCGUAGAUAGUACCUAACGAUCCGUAGUGGCAUAUAAAGGAAAAAGGCGGUCGCAAGUAUAAACGGCGGAGCUGUAUACACGUGGAUUAUUAUAUAUACAUAUACUAUAUACGUGAUGAUGUUGCUACCACGAAAAAGAAGAGAAAAGUAUGUUGUAGCUAUAGUUAUAUAUAUGUAUAUAUAUAUAUAUAUAUAUAUAU